CCCUAGAGUACUUCCCUUUUUUCCUAUAAAUUCAUCGUCCAAUAUAUCUUUCUACAUUGCAAAACGAUCGACUGUCUUACUACUACCUCUUCAGAGUUCAGAGCCUUCUUUGUUAUAACUUAGUUUUUUCCUCCAUACCAUAAGCAUGGAAGAAUCACCUGAUCCUCCAUUUAUGGAGACAUACAAAAACCUUUUCGAUGCCAUCCUCGGUGAAAAUCUCGAUUCAAACAAACACCAUGAUCUCUUCAUGGUGGAAGAAUGCGAGUUGCCUCUGAUAAAUCUUCACAAGUUAAACUACGGAGAUAAAUUCGAGAGAGAAGAAUGCAAGAAGAAGAUAGCCAAGGCAUCGCGAGAAUGGGGUUUCUUCCAAGUGGUGAACCAUGGAGUUUCACCUGAUAUUUUGGAAGAAAUGAGGAAGGAGCAAGUCAAGCUUUUCAAGAAAACAUUUCGAGAGAAGAUGAAUAUUGACAAGAGUCUUAACUUCUCCGAAGGAAGUUACCGUUGGGGUACGCCAAUGGCAACUUGCCUUCGACAGAUUUCUUGGUCGGAAGCUUUUCAUGUACCUCUCUAUGAUGUUUCCUCUUCAAAGGGUCUCAACAGCCUCAGCUCCACAAUGGAACAAUUUGCAACAACACUAUCUGAAUUAGCACAACAAUUAGCAAGAUUAUUAGCAGAGGAAUUGGCACAUUAUAAUAAGUCGAAUUAUUUCAAAGAGACAUGUUUGCCAAGCACUUGCUACCUAAGAAUGAACAGAUAUCCAGCAUGCCCUAUUUCACCACAACUCUUUGGAUUAGUGCCACAUACUGACAGUGACUUCCUCACAAUACUGCAUCAAGAUGAGAUUGGAGGGUUGCAAUUAUUCAGAGAUGGGAAAUGGAUCUCUGUUAAGCCUAAUCCUGAAGCUCUCAUCAUCAAUGUAGGAGAUUUAUUCCAGGCAUGGAGCAAUGGUGUUUAUAGAAGUGUUGAACACAGAGUUGUGACAAAUAAAUUAAAAGAGAGAUUCUCAACUGCAUUUUUCUUAUGUCCCUCUUAUGACACAGAAAUACUUAGUUGUGUUGAACCUUGCGUUUAUAGAAAAUUUACAUUUAGAGAAUUCCGACAACAAGUUCAAGAGGAUGUCAAGAAUUAUGGUUAUAAAGUAGGUCUUCCUAGGUUUCUUCUAUCAAGCCACUAAACAAGAGGAUUUUGCAGUUAAAUUAACAGAGACAGAUCCAGAAAUUAAAGUUUGAGUUCUCGGUGAUCUCAGAGUAGCAAGUCCCAUUUCAACCGCUGAAUCAAGAGCUUACUAUACUAGUUUCUCAACAAAUAGUUUUAUAUGUUUAGUGAAUUUUUCAAUAUAAAUACAAGGUCUAUGAUAAAGUUACUCUAUUCCGAUACCCUAUAUUUCUCCCCUAUAUCAUGACUUUAAAUAUAUAGUUAACAAAGGCAAGAGUAUUUUGGUUUUCCUUAAUUUGUUUUAUUUUCCAUGUCCCACAAUGUAAGAAAGGGUUAAUAUCUAACUUUUCCCCUAAUGCAUUUGAAUUAUUGAAAAAAAUUAAAGUCUGCGAAAAAUAUGUUGUGUAAAGUUUAAUUCCAUUCCGUUCAAUUUAUAACUAUAUAUAGAUCAGAGAAGUGUGUUCAAAUCGACUCAACUCGUUGACCAAGCUCACUAAAAGACCAACUAAAAACAGACUUCAAACGGAAGUCAGUAAAGUCCUGCUCGCUAAAUAUGGUCCUUGGGAGAUCGGUUUUUAAAGA